UGACAGUGAAGCUGCUAGAAGCUGUUGUCGCAGCUCGUCUCGUCACUCGGCUGUGAUUCUUCACUUUGGACGAUCCGUGGAGCAGGUUAUCCAGAAUGAUAACUUUGGUGAUAAUCUCAGCACUGAUUGGUUUUGCCUCUACCAAACCAUGUGAUACAGAAGGCUCCAACACUGAGCUGCUGCUUUCACUCAACAAGAAUCUCCUUCGCUCUCUGGAGAGCCAGGAGGGACUUCCUAACCCCAGUGUCCACUUGGCAUUACGCCUUUCCAAUAACCACAACCUGGCCAAGGAGAGUGAACACCUCAACAGACUAAAAAAUGAAUUGCACAAUGACAUUCAAAGCUCUCUCUCUAACAGUCAGCCUGUGACUGGUGUGCUGGCGCUCUACAGCCUGGCUUUAAAGUCCUCCUGCUAUGAUCUCAACACGGUCAGCUUCACUGUAAACGAGAGGAGUGAAACACUGCUGACACACCUGAAGAACCAGAUGGAGCUGGAGAAAGAGCACAUUGCCUUCAGCCACCGCCCUUUGACCAACUAUUACCAGUACUCCCUGGGUGUGCUCGCUCUCUGUGUGAGCGGCAUCAGGGUCAACAGCCAUGUGACCAACAAGCUCAUCAAAGCAGCAGAACAUGAGCAGUUCAAACAUGGAGAGUCUGAGAGUGUGGAUACGUAUGCCAUGGCUGGAAUGGCACUCCAGUGUGUGAAGGACUCUGGUUCUCACAUGCAGAACGCUGCUGGGCUGGACAGCGCUCUUAGCAAGAUCAAGCAGAAGCUUCUAGCCUCCCGCAGGGCUGAUGGUCAUAUUGGUAAUGAAUUCAGCACAGGCCUUGCAGUUCAAGCCCUGUUAGCAAUGGGCAGUGAGGUUGCAGAGUGUGCCGCCUCAAUGGAGGCCAUGAGGACAGCUGCCAGAAGCAACGCAUACAACAACCCCAUGGCCAUCUCUCAGACGCUGCCUGCUCUCCAGCAAACAUCCUACAUGGCAGUUAAAAGCAAGGAGUGCCUCACUGAGGAUAACACUCUGGUGCUUGAGCCCUUAGAUCCUGUAGUGGUUUCACCAAACCAGGUCAAGGUGAAUGUGAUGGUGGAAGUGGUGACAUCCAGCGGAGCGGCAGCACUUUACUCGGUGCAUGUGCCAAAGGGCAGCUCCCUGCUAGAGGCUCUUGAACUGCUCAAGGAGGAAAAUGCUGGCUUCACGUUUGAGAAGGAGUCCAGCCUGUGGGGACCUUUCUUAAGUGUGGUGAAUGGAGAGCAGGCCAGGCAAAGCGACCGCAGAUACUGGCACCUCUCCUCAGAUGGCACUGCACUCACUGAGGGUGUCGGCGAUUUCAAGAUCGAGGCGGCUCAAAGGAUCACCAUCAGAAACACGAGCUACUGAUGUUCCAGCCAAUCAGUGAUUAGAUGAUCAGCACUUUAAUCUUUAUGAACUAACGAUUACACCUAAAUUGUCUCUUGGCAUCAUAUAUCAAUAAAUCCCACAAUUACUUAACAGAAUGUUUGCGUUUUAAGUAGAUAUGAAGAUUGAACAAAAGUGUAAUUAAGUGAUAUUUCAACUAAGUUUGUGUUGAAUAUUUUUACUUUGGAAAACGUUUUUAUGAUUAUAAUAUAUUUACUACGAAAUGUCAAUUAAAAUGACUUUUGUGAUUA